CUGAAUUUCGAGUGGGUGCAAAUUUAGUUAGAAUUUUUGGUCCGAAGUAGACACAACUCUCAAAUAAAAAUUCUCCAACAUUUAAACAAAAUGUGCAAAAUUUUUGUGCAUUUCGUGUGUGUAAAAUUAUUGCUAUUAAAUUUAUGUGUCAUAAAAGUUAAUGGCUUGUGUUUGGCGACAGAGCCGCCAACUUGUCUAACGAACUUAGAAGAGGAGGACGCCAAAGAAAUUCUGGAUUAUGUGAUGAGUAAAUAUGAAGAAGUUGGCAUGAAAAUCACCGGCGAGCCAUUGGCGGUUCGUGGCAAGCGUAUAUCGUCGGGUGGUACUGAAGAAUUUCACAUUGUCUUUCAUUACGUGGACAAUACUCCGAGCGAUGUGAUACAAAAUUGUGUAUUUAUAGUGGUACAUACUCCAAAUGCAUGUGAGACGAUAAGUACAGUGUGUAAUACAUUUCUGGUCGUAACGCCUCGACCACUCUUAAAGCUUGAAGACUUAACAGUUUGCGAAGAUGCUGAGGAGCAAACAAAAUCACACGAAGAAAACGAAGAAGAGAAAACCAAAUAAAUAACUUCGCUUUGAAUUUAGUUUACACAUUUAUUACAUUAGCAGUAUUAUGAAAUAGUUAAAUCAGGUGAAUCACUAAUUAUAUUACUUUAUUCAAUUUAAUAAUGGCAUAUAUUUAAAUAUUAAUAAAUAGAGACAUUUAGAAGAAAUGA